AUGUAUUUUGAAGAUGCAAAUAAAUCACCUCCCAAAAGUGAUAACAUACACAAUAAUAUAGUAAAAAGAAUUUCACAAAUAAAAAGACAUGCCAUCGUUAAUAAUACUUCUAAAAUUACAAAUAAACCUAAUAAUUUUACUGAUAAUAAUAAUGCUCUUUCAUCUUUGAAGUCAACGACAUCCCCAUCAAAUGGAUUGUCGUCAAAGAUAACCAAAAGAAAUAUUUUUAUUCUCAUUGGUUGUGGAAUAUUAAUUGUGAUUUUUUUAUUAGUUAUAAUCUAUAUUCUUUGGAAAAAGUGUCAUAAAAGAAAAUCAAAAAGAAGAAUAAAUAAAGUAAAAGAUAAUAAUAAGAAACGUGAUAAAGCAACUAAAAAUUAUAUAAAACAACAUAAAUCUAUAAAAAUUCCAAUAGACAAAAAUGGUUUACCUAAAAAUCAUAAAUUUAAAGAAGGAAUUAGACAAAAAAGAAAAAAAAAUAUUUAUAUAAAAGAACUUGAAGAAAUGAAAACAGCUAGUAAAAUAAAAAAAAAUAAGACAAAAUUUCAUGAGAUGGUAAAUGAUAAAAAUUUACCUUCUAUUGAUAAAUUAGAAAUAAAUAAAAAAAAUAUUAAUAUUUUUGAGGAAAAGAUACCUAUGAAGAGUGAAAUAAAAGUUAAUAAGAUUGAUAGUAUGGAUAACGAAUCAAAAAAUCAAAAAGAUGUAAAGACAAAAUCUAAUUCAUCUGAAGUUUCAAAAGAUUCUAAUUUACAAAGUACACUUUCUAGUAUAUCAAAAGAAAAUGAAGAUAAAACAAAUUAUAAAAUACAGUCUAAUGAUUUUUUAAAUAAAUGUCCUAUUCAUAAAAAAAGUAGACAAGUUUCUAUUUCUAUAUAUACAAUGCAUGGAAACAACAAAUCAUGGACUAAAAAUGAAGAAAAAAUUAAUGAUUUUAGUUUUCAAUUAAACACUACUAGUUCUCAUUCAAGUAGUAAAUAA